UGAGGAAAAGAAGGAGACUAAUUGCUGCUGAUUAGGGGUUGGAAGCAUAGUACCAGUAAGGGAGUGAACGCGUUAGUACGACGACCAGUAGCAUUACAAAGGAUACAAAUCAAGAAAGCAUUCCAAAAAACAGAGCUUACGCUGGUUGUAAAUACACAAUUCAAUCUUCUGUUAGGGUCGUCACUGGUGAUAAUGCUCCCAGUUCCAGGUUUGAAGGUGGUAAUGCCGCCAGGAGUUGUGGAUAAUUACAAUACUGGCGAGCUUGUAAUAGAGGGCAAAACGAAGAAAGUAUGGCACCUAAAAGACAACCCAGGCUUCGUUAUUGUGGUCAGCAAGGACCGUAUUACUGCAGGAGAUGGAGAAAAAGCACAUGACCUGGAGGGCAAGGCUGCUAUCUCUAAUCAGACCAAUAAAAAAGUAUUUGAGUUCCUCAAUUCUCUUGGACUGAAGACUGCGUAUGUGAAGCAUACGGGAGAGAAAUCCUUCAUAGCAAAAAAAUGUGAGAUGGUUCCUAUUGAGUGGGUAACACGUCGCUUAGCAACGGGAUCCUUUCUCAAGAGGCAUCCUGGUGUGCCUGAAGGUUUUCGCUUCAGUCCUCCACUACAGGAAACAUUUUACAAAGAUGAUGCAAACCAUGACCCACAGUGGUCAGAUGAGCAGAUUGUAUCAGCACAGUUCAAGUUGAAUGGACUUACAAUUAGACAGGAUGAGGUGGAAAUCAUGCGACGGACUGCACUGGUCAUAUUUGAAGUGCUAGAGAAAGCAUGGGCAGCAAGGGAUUGUGCCCUCAUUGACAUGAAAAUUGAAUUUGGGAUAUCUUCACUAGGUGAUAUUCUGGUGGCUGAUGUUAUUGACAGUGAUUCGUGGCGCCUUUGGCCUUCAGGAGACAAAAGGCUUAUGAAAGAUAAGCAAGUGUACCGUAAUUUGAGCACAGUCACUGAAGAAGAUUUGGACACUGUGAAACGUAACUUCAAGUGGGUUGCUGACCAACUUGAUCAUCUAAUUCCACCUCCAAGUUCUCGUGUUGUAGUGUUGAUGGGUUCAUCAUCAGAUGAAGAAUAUUGUAUUAAGAUUGGCAAACAUUGCAAAGAACUGGGUUUGAUUUGCCAGUUACGAGUAACAUCUGCUCACAAGGGAACAGAAGGGACGCUCCAAAUACUGGCAGAGUAUGAAGGUGCCAAAGAGAAAGUAGUGCUGAUUGCAGUUGCUGGAAGAAGCAAUGGCCUUGGGCCUGUUAUAUCAGGACAGACCUGCUUUCCAGUUAUCAACUGUCCCCCAGUGAGGCCAGAAAAUGUGACUCAGGACAUAUGGUCCUCUCUUAAUGUACCAUCAGGGCUGGGAUGUACAACUGUCGUGAAUCCAGAAUCAGCAGCGCUUGCAGCUGCUCAAAUCCACGCCCUUCAUGAUCACAUCAUUUGGUCACGACUCCGUGUGAAGAAGUUCAACAACUUCCUUACUCUCAAGAUGGCUGACAAAAUGAUACGAGACAAGGAGCUGUAAAUGGAUACAUACUUUUGACAUUUGAUUGCAGCUUUUGUAUGAAUGCUUAUUACAUUUUAAUGUUAAAUGAAUUUAAAAAAUCAAAAAAUAAAGAUACAGUUAGUAUAAA